ACCUCAUUGAAUUGCCGUUUGUAAAGCUGUAAUAAACACCUUCCAGUCUGUGUUCAGUAUGUGUAUAUCGCUGCUAACAAGCCAAUGAAGUUUUUAUACCAUCUUGUUCCUCUCCCUUCUGUUAAAAUCCCACUAUAGUGCCUUUUGAAACUCUUGGCUUCCAAUUACCGACGAAACAAUACCUUGUUGUCCUAUUUCCAGACAGGGGAUUAGGCCUUAAUCUGGGAUCAGUGAGUGCCGACUCGGAUUGUCUUUCACAGCUUGUGUAAUCCGCGAAUUAUUGCUCUAUCGGGAACGCGCUCUUUACAAGCAAACUCUUUUCACACGUCCACGCGGAAGAAGGAUGCAUCUUUCUCAGGACGCCGGUAGUGUUUGACGCACAUGGACGUUGUCGUUAGUAUGCAGGGAGUUCCUACGUGAUUCCGAGCGCUAGGCCUCCUAGUAACUUGGAUCUGUUUUCGUUCUCUACUGCUGGCCCCGGAAACUAUUCCAUCUGUGAAAUCAGUUUCUUCAUACUGUUUCUGUGUAGGCUCAUGUGAAGCUCGAACACGGGGCUUGGUCUGUCGUGUACCAACUAAAGCAGUGUUUCCAUCUGAUAGCAACGAGCCUGACCCAGCUAUUGUAACCCCAGUGACUGGAGAGUUCCACAGGAGACUGACCGGGACUCACAAGGUCGGUGUCACACGCUCCAAAUAAGUGGUGAAAAUACCGAAGCCGGUUUACGCCCAGCCUGGGACCCGCGCAUUACAUGACGGUAUUUUUGGAUGUGAACAUAAUUAAUCCACCUGUGUUGCACCUGAUGCAGCGACCCUAAGGUAUUUUUCAGUCAACGAGCCACUGGCUCUCCUAGCCUGUGCGUGGACAUCACCUUCGACUGGGCGGAAGCUGGGAGGUGUUUGUAUUCUCGCCUGACAAUCGAAAGCUGUCCAUGCACCCACUCUCUGAAAACAUUACCACGGAGGCGGUUGCCAUGCCAACCAAGAUGUCCAGAUCCAACUCGCCGCCCAACAACAACGGUAGCGCCUACAUGAGCGGGCUCAAGCGCAAGGGGUCCACGGUUCGGCGGAAUGGCGUGGCCCAGGCCAAACCCUUCAAAGUCAUCGUGCUGGGACAGGCUUCCGUCGGCAAAACAGCAAUGACUGUACGUUUUGUCACCAGGCGUUUUAUCUACGAAUACGACCCGACACUUGAAACCAUCUACAAGCACCGAACGUUCUUUGAGACUGAAAAUGCCCCUGUGGACUUCGAAAUUCUUGACACUGCCGGCCAGGAGGAGAAAAUAGAAGAAAAACUGAAAUGGGCGGACGCCUUCAUCAUUGCCUACUCAAUCAACGACAGGUGCAGCUUCGAAGAGGUGACGAGGCUCAAGUUCUUGGCCGGGAGGUGUAAGAAGUCCAGUUCCCACGAGCAGGCCAUCCUGAUUGUCGGCAACAAGAAGGACUUGGAGUAUGACCGGCUGGUGCAGCGGGAGGAAGGACUGGAGCUGGCCCGCUCCAUGAACUGCUCCUUCGUGGAGGUGUCGGCUCGGGAGUCCUACGAGGACGUGGUGGCCGUCUUCGAGAGGCUUUACAUGGACCACAAAAACCGCAAACGGACUAGCACCAACUCGCCCAAGUUCACGCUCAGGAGAAAGACGAGCGUGGGGAGCAAACAGGACUUGGACUCCAACCCGCCCCGACCCAGGGCCAGAAGUACCAGCUUCGCCGCCACCACUCCUGUGUAUACCCGCAGGAUGGCCCUGACAGGGUUUGACGGGGGCAGUGGCUCCCCCCUGGGCAGCGAUUCUUGCGACACCAUAGACGAAUGAAACAUUUACGAACACCACUUUUCCCUUCAACUCCUGAGGAAGUUAUUGACCCUACGCGGUUGAAUGUAUGUGCAAUCAGGACAUCACAAUAAUCGUAAUCAUGCAGUUAGUGUUUCUGUAUACUGAGAAUCGUCAGCUUUUGCAGUCCACAGGCGAGAUACUGUAUUACUGCAGUGCAGAACUGAAAAAAAACCUCAUGUUGAAGAGGUAUGACCGAUAAGGGCGCAGUCUUUUCUAUCAAUGGGCGUGGUUUGUUCAGCAGACCAGUUUAUUCCCUCCAGCGUCAGCUUUUAACUAAUUGUACACGUGUGCCUCUGCCCUAUGCAACGCUGGACAUUAAGGACAACAUUUAAUUCAAAACUCGCUGUAAAUACUUUUUUAUGUAGGAUGUAUUCUAAUUAACAUUCCUUUUGAUAUGCCUUCAUGAAAUUUAACGAAUGUAGAGAUAUCGCUGCCAGACAAGCUAUUAUAAA